AUGACUUCGCAAGCGUUAGCCACAUUGACCGCGACGUACACAGACUCGGAAGGUGAAGAAGAAAUGGAAGAUGGGGAUCCUACGCCCGAAAAACCGGUUACACAUCACACACAGUCAGCUCCAACCAGCCCUAAGAACUUUGAUGACACCAAACAGUCGGCGUCCGCACCAGUUUCACCAAAACGAAGUUUAGUUUCAUACGUAGACGAUACUAUAGUAUCUGAUGACGAACAAUUAUCUCCUAACGCGGAAAAUCAGGACGAUAUGAGGAGAUUAUCAAUGGAAACAGACACAGAUGAAGCUCUACCACGAUCGGAUCCAGACGAUUCAGAGGACAGUGUACUUAUACCACCGGAACCGACGGCCAAAUGUCCCAAGGAAUUACAGGAUAAAAUAACAAAAUUCUACACAAGAAUGGUGAAUGAAGGCUACGAUAUGAACAAAAUAAUACAAGAUAAAAAGAAUUUCAGAAAUCCGAGUAUAUACGAGAAGCUAAUCCAGUUUUGUGAUAUUAACGAACUAGAUACAAAUUAUCCACCAGAAAUAUACGAUCCAUUGAAAUGGGGUAAAGAAUCAUACUACGACGAGCUCGCUAAGGUCCAGAAACUGGAAAUGGAGAAACGAGAAAAGGAUCGGAAGGAGAAAUCCAAAAUUGAUUUCAUCACCGGAGUAGCGAAGAAGCCGGAUAGCGAUGAUGAUAAGAAACGGAAAUCCAAGUGGGACCAGGCAGCACCCAAUGUAGCCAAUAAACCGAGCAUCAAACAACCAGGACUGCUUCAACAGCCUUUAACGAGCAAUGUUACGGGGACCAAAGGCACUGUGAUAUCGGCAUUCGGUUCAAUAGCAAAGAAACCGAAAUUAUAA